AUGUCUGCCGCCAAAUCGCGAUGGGCAGACGAUGACCCCGAGACCGAAGCGAUUCUCGCGCAACGCAAACGUGAGAAGGAGGAGAAGCGCCGCGCCAAGGCUGAGAAACAGCGCCAGGCUGAGGAAGCCAGCACAAAGGCGGCUUCCUCACAGCCGGUCGAUGGUGCCCAGGGCUCCAAUGGCGAUCUAGGCCCUCCCAAGAAACGACGGAGAUUGUCGAACGAUCCGGAUGGACUCUCUGGUGCAGAAGAUGUCCCGCCGACUGAGGCGCAACAAGCGAACAAAAAGCAGUCGAGCUUGCUACGCUUUCCCCAGAACGAAUGGGGCCCUUGCAGACACGUUGACAACUUCGAGCGAUUGAAUCAUAUCGAGGAAGGCUCCUACGGAUGGGUCUCGCGGGCCAAGGACAUCACAACGGGCGAGGUCGUUGCAUUGAAAAAAUUGAAGAUUGAGAACUCACCGGACGGGUUCCCUGUGACGGGGUUGCGGGAGAUACAGACGCUCUUGGAGGCACGACAUCAGAAUGUGGUUUUUCUGCGAGAGGUAGUCAUGGGAAACAAGAUGGAUGAUGUAUUCCUCGUCAUGGACUUCCUCGAACACGAUCUGAAGACUCUUCUAGAUGACAUGCGAGAGCCGUUCCUCCCUUCCGAGAUUAAAACUUUACUUCUCCAGGUCGUCGGCGGUCUUGAUUUUCUACACUCGCAAUGGAUCAUGCAUCGUGAUCUGAAGACCUCCAAUCUUCUCAUGAACAACCGCGGCGAGAUCAAAAUCGCCGACUUUGGCAUGGCGCGAUACUUCGGAGACCCCCCACCCAAGUUGACGCAGCUCGUCGUAACUCUUUGGUACCGGUCACCGGAGCUACUUUUAGGCGCAGACAAGUACGGAACGGAGAUCGAUAUGUGGAGCAUUGGCUGCAUCUUCGGCGAGCUCCUCACCAAGGAACCUUUGCUACAGGGGAAGAAUGAGGUCGACCAAGUCUCCAAGAUCUUUGCCCUAACGGGACCUCCCACCCAGCAGACAUGGCCGGGAUUCCGAUCCCUGCCUAAUGCAAAGUCGCUACGCCUGCCGUCGACAUCUUCCUCUGCCUCGGGCAAUCCGCCUCUAUUGCCUCGCUCGCGGUUCCCCUACUUGACAAAUGCAGGCUUGGGUCUGCUGUCGGAACUACUAGCCUUGAACCCAGCGUCCCGCCCGACAGCAAAGCAAUGUCUUGCGCACCCAUACUUCCGCGAGGAUCCCCGCCCCAAGCCUAAGGAAAUGUUUCCUACUUUCCCCUCCAAGGCCGGCAUGGAGAAACGAAGACGCCACCAUACCCCUGAAGCCCCGAAACGGGGCCAGGAAGCACCCGAGCUGGACUUUGCUGGUGUAUUUGGUGGCGCACCUGGAGGAGACUCGGGCGAGGUUGGUGCUGGCUUCACCCUUCGCCUUGGUUAA